UUGCACAAUCAUUUCAAAAAAAGCUCAGUUCAGUUUUAACACUCGAAUCGACAUGAAUGAAUCAAAAGAGAGUCUCGUAAAAGCAAUUGAGGAAAGUAGUGAUGUUCUAGAUAAGUUUGAAGAAUGGAUAGCCACGCAAAAGCAUAUUCCUAAGAAUAUUCCAAGGUCAGUGCUGAUUCGCUACUUUCACGUUAAACAAAAUGAUCUUGAAGAAGCCAAAAAGUUGCUUGACGGAAAUGUCAAAUUUAGAUUGAAACAUCCAUUUUACUUUACUGAUCGCAGAUUGGAUACUGAAGAAUUUCGUUGUUCUAAUAAACUUUUCCAAUUAAUAGAAUGCCCAAAAAUGACAAAGGAGAAGCACCACAUCACAGUAUUCCGUAUCAAAAACCCAGACGUUAGCAAUUUUGUCAUAAAGGAAAUAAUUAAAACAUUUUUCUUGGUGCAAGAUAUGUGCGCUGUUGAAACACCGAGAAUAAAUCGUAAUAUUUUUAUCUAUGAUGCCAAAGGAGCUACUUUAAAGCAUUUCAUGAAGCUUGUUACAAAUUUAUCGACAGUUUUACAUUUUCUGUAUUAUGAGGAACAUUACAUACAUGUUGAUAUUAUUAACAAUCAUUUUGUUAACUGCUCUCCAAUCGUUAAUAAGGUCGUUAAUCUUAUUUCGCCAUUUUUGAAAAAAGAAUCUGUUGAAAAUAUGGUUUUUCAUUCUUCAUUCAACACUCUUCAUGAAUAUAUUGACAAAGAUUGCUUACCUAUUGAAUAUGGCGGGAACUUUGGAACUUUAGAUGAAUUUCAUGAGAUCAAUUUGAAGCAAUUGUUUAAGAAUCGUGACUAUCUUGGGAGAAAGGAGAAUUUUCUUCUUCAAAAUUAACAAUAAUUAAAUUAAUCUUUAUAAUUUUCACUUAAUUUGUACUAGCAUUUAAAUAUCUAGUAAGGCCAUAAAAGCAGAUUUUGGCAUCUUGGCUACGCACUUGAUUACGGACGUCUAUAGAUCUAGCAGUGAGCCAGCUUAAUAAUGGAAACCUGAGACUAGUUUCCAGGUUCUUCGAUUAUUCCUAGAAUCAAACUUCAUUAUUUUUUAAUUUUUCUCCAACAUGUGCCAUUGCGUAGUCAAGACGUCAAGCUUCUAAAUAAGUUCUUAAAAAUCAUUUUAGACUAAAGUUAUAUUGAUAUUUAAAAGAUUUAAAACUGUAU